GAUGACUCGAGACAGCGCAGGGUUGGGUGAACGCGUCCCAUCAUGCAGCGCGCCACAGUCCUCCCUCGCUCACACCCGCAGUAGGAGACUCACAUCCAGGGAUCGGACUAAUGGCGGCCGGCAAAUCCGUGCGCUGACACGAAAUCCACAACAGCCGCUCAGGUGCCAGCCGAUUUCGUGGAGGGGGCAGGGCGACGUCGCAACGCUGCACGAACGGUAAAGAAGGGAGGGCUGAGGGGAAACAAUCGGCGACUUCUAGCAGGACUCUCCUAUUUUUAAACAUGGAUGAAAAUCCCGGCGGAGGAGGAGGAGGAGGAAUGGCCGCCCAGAAACAGCAGCAGCAGCAGGGCAACAGCAGCAUGAAUCCCCAGAUCUCCGGCUCUGGAGGAGCGCCUAUGGUCCAGCAACAGCAAGACGAGAUGCCCAGGCCCCAGCAGUACACGAUCCCGGGGAUCUUACACUACAUCCAGCACGAAUGGGCCCGUUUCGAGAUGGAAAGGGCGCAUUGGGAAGUAGAGAGGGCCGAGCUCCAGGCCCGAAUAGCGUUCCUCCAAGGAGAAAGGAAAGGUCAAGAAAAUUUAAAGAAUGAUCUUGUUAGAAGAAUAAAAAUGUUAGAAUAUGCAUUAAAGCAAGAAAGAGCAAAAUACCAUAAAUUAAAAUAUGGGACAGAACUAAAUCAAGGUGAAGUGAAAAUGCCUAGCUUUGAAUCAGAUACCAAAGAUACAGAGGUCUCGGCUGUACCUCAGAACAGCCAGUUAACGUGGAAACAGGGCAGGCAACUCCUCAGACAAUAUCUUCAGGAAGUAGGUUAUACGGACACAAUACUGGAUGUCCGGUCGCAGAGAGUGCGGUCGUUACUGGGACUGUCCGGCUCAGAGCAGAACGGUUCUGUGGAAACCAAGAACCUAGAGCAAAUUCUCAAUGGAGGAGAGUCUCCAGCCAAAAGAAAGGGACAAGACAUGAAAAGGAAUCCAGAGGUUCUGGAGACAUUUAAUUUUUUAGAAAAUGCUGAUGAUAGUGAUGAAGAGGAAGAAGAUGAGGGCGACAUAAUGGAGGACGUGCCUGACAGGAGUGAUAAACGUAGAAUAAAAAAACAUAAAAUUAAGGUCGGAAAUGAAGGUUUGGCUUCAGACUUACCGGAUGACCCUGACACAGAGGAGGCACUCAAGGAGUUUGACUUCUUGGUAAACGCGGAGGACGGAGAAGGUGCCGGAGAGGCUCGCAGUUCAGGAGACGGCACAGAGUGGGCUGAGCCUCUGCCAUUCACGCCUGGUGGGGGCAAGUCCUAUAUCAUGGGCUCUGAUGAGAUGUUGGAAAGUGUGCUGGGCCUGGGAGACCUCGCAGAUCUGACUGUGUCCAAUGACGAGGCUGAAUACAGCUAUGAUCUGCCAGCCAAUAAGGAUGCGUUCAGGAAGACAUGGAAUCCCAAAUAUACCCUGCGAAGCCACUUUGAUGGAGUGCGGGCCUUGGCCUUCCAUCCUGUGGAACCGGUGUUGGUCACCGUCUCGGAAGACCACACCCUCAAACUGUGGAACCUCCAGAAGACAGUUCCUGCCAAAAAAAGUGCCUCUUUUGAUGUGGAGCCCAUAUACACGUUUAGAGGGCAUAUUGGGCCUGUGCUCUCAUUGGUUGUGAGCUCCAGCGGCGAGCAGUGUUUUAGUGGUGGAAUCGAUUCAACAAUUCAGUGGUGGAACAUCCCCAGCUCUAACGUAGACCCAUACGACACAUAUGACCCCAGCGUGUUGGCUGGUACAUUGUUGGGUCACAGUGACGCGGUGUGGGGAUUGGCUUACAGUGGAAUCAAAGAGCGACUGCUGUCCUGUUCAGCUGAUGGGACGAUCAAGCUGUGGAACCCUCAGGGGAAGUCACCGUGUCUCAGCACAUUUAACUCAGAUAGAGAUCAUGGUGUUCCCACAUCAAUUGAUUUCAAUGGGUGUGAUCCAGCUCACAUGGUGGCAUCCUACAACACGGGAGAUGUUGUCAUUUAUGAUCUAGAGACAUCGCAGCCCGUCAUGGUAUUCUCCGCACAGGGCGAGAGUGCUAUUCCUUUUGGGAAUCACAUUAAUAAAGUGGUCACCCACCCCACCCUGCCAAUCACAGUCACCGCUCACGAGGAUAGACACAUCAAAUUCUUUGAUAAUAAAUCAGGUAAAGCCAUUCAUGCAAUGGUGGCUCACUUGGAUGCUGUUACUAGUCUGGCUAUAGAUCCAAAUGGCAUCUACUUGAUGUCAGGAAGUCAUGAUAGUUCCAUCCGCUUGUGGAACAUGGACAGCAAGACAUGCGUACAAGAGGUUACUGCACACAGGAAAAAGUCGGACGAGGCCAUUUAUGACGUUGCCUUCCACCCAUCUAAGGCAUACAUAGGAAGUGCCGGAGCCGAUGCCCUGGCCAAAGUGUUUGUAUAAAAGCACGUCUGAGUUAAUGCAUAUGAAAAGACGGGAGAAAGAAAGGACUGCUUCACUGCCUUGUAUAACAAGAGUAGCAUUUCUCACACUACAUUGAAGUGGCUUCCACCUACGCUAUCAAACUCACACCACACACACGAUACCAGGUGCCAAGAGGGGGACGUGCCGUUUUUUUGCGAAGCCAGUGUGGAGUGCUCAAUCAGUUUUAAUCUCUUUUUUGUUUUCUUCAAAAAAAGAAAAAAAUAACUAUAAUUACUGUAAAUCAAAGCUGGAGUGAAACCAGUUUUUGUAGCCUUUUGACUGGUUUUGAACUGAGCUGAUAAUGUGUCCUGUAGGUAUGUUUCAGUGACCAUGGAGUGGUUAUCAUGUUCAUCCAUCAGUAGGUUGUCACCGACCAUCAUCCGGGCACCAAAGGAACUGAGUCCCGCCCCCUGCCGAGCCAUAAACCACACACUUAUCUCAGUCACCCUCCUCAUCCUAAUGUAACGCAAGCAAAUACAGUUAAAUACAGUCAAACCUUCAUACCUUUA